UCUAUUUAUGAUCCGCCUUCUAUAAAUGUAGUCUUUGUCCACGAAGUUUUGUUUGUCCUCACCCUCCACUUGAAUUGUCUCCCUUACAUUGACUUGUUUUAUUGAAAAGGCAAAACUACAUUUAAAAUGUCCAUUUGAAAUCACAAACUGUAUUUCCUCAAGCUAAUUUGAGCUCAACGUAUUAAACAGAGCUCGUUUAAAUGUGAUGGAAUUAACUCGAGCUCACUGUCAGCUUAAUUCAAGACCGACUUUGAAACCAAAAGAGACAGGGCAUUGAUUCGUUUAUUUCAAUUGGUCAUAAAAGGCAGAUAUGGUUAUUUGUCAUAAGAUCAAGAUUUGGUCAAAGCCUAACACAACACUUACUAUGUAUUUGUUACUUUUAAACAGUUUGUUGAUUUUGAUUAUUGGCUUCAAUGAGAGCAACGGACGUGCACUAGAUUCUUCUAAGCUACAAAAGCGUAUUAUCAGUGGUGAGGAUGCCAAACUUUUCCAAAUUCCUUAUGUAGCAGCAGUUACAAUAAGAAAAGACAAUGCUUGGUAUGCCAUCUGUACAGGAGUUUUGGUAACUGAAAAUAAGGUUCUUACUGCAGCACAUUGCGUCGAAAAAUUUACCGCCAGCAAUUUUCUUAUUUUUGUUGGAGUUAUACGCUUUUACGGACCAUACAGCGGGUACGAACAGUUCAGCUAUGUCUCAAAAAUCGAUGUACAUGAUGGAGAUAUGGGUUCGAAUCCUGGUCUUCCUCUAUGCGAUUUAGCUGUGUUAACGUUGGCUGUUCCAGCCAUACUUACUCGGAAUGUCCAGGUUGUCCAGCUCUCAGCUAAUAGCGCUCUCUACUUCAAUACAGAAUGCACCAUAACUGGCUGGGGUAUUACCAAGGAAGGCACGCAAAACAUUCCAAACUAUCUCCAAAAAGGAGAAACAACACUCAUCUCUACAAUGGAGUGCGAGACCUAUUGGCCAAUUAUGAGAGAAGAAUUAAAUGCAGGAACUAUUAUUUGCGUUUUAGACAAAUAUGAAAGUCCCUCUAGGAGUACCACUAUUUGUAAUGGUGACAGUGGCGGCCCUCUGCUGUGUGGACCAAAUAGAGAUGUGCUAGUUGGUAUUGCUGUUGCUAAAAUAUCGAAUUGCGACGGUACUUGGCCUCAAUUUUACUUGGAUAUUUCAAGGUUCCGCAGCUGGGUGGCAAACAAAUUAUCUUCUUGAGACUACCUUUCAUGAAUUUCCUGAUAGAAAGACGCCAUACACUGUGUCAAUUUAUUUUCUAAAAAAUCACUUAUUACAUUAUUAAAUGGAAAAUAUCGAAUUAAUUUUUUUUUUGUUGAAAGUUUGAAGAAUUAACAUAUAGUGAAUACUUGUGCAACAGUACUUGUGAUACAUUAAUGACUUUGACUUAAAUUAUACAUUUUUAA